ACUCAGUCGUCAAAAACCCUACCAAAACCACGUUCCCCGCCGCUGCAACGGAACCUCAGAAACAAACCGAUAGAAAAAUGUGUGGAAUCGCUUUGACCGUCUCAGGCAUUCGCAUCAACAUCUCAUCUUUCAAUUCAACUCGCUCACAUAGCCACACCGAAAAUUUCUCUGUAGAUGAUCUGAAAGCAGCUCUGCGGAGAAGAGGUCCUGAUAGCUUGGGUGUGAAGAAAGUUACUCUGCAACACAGUGAAAACCAAAUCUCAUCCUUCAUAGAACACGAUGAAACGUUGUUAUGUUCUGGGAAUGAUGAAAGUAACGGUGAACUUCAUUUUAUUGGUUCAACUUUGCAGCUUAGGGGAACUGUUCCGCUUGUUCAGCCUUUAGUGGAUGCUUCUCGAAACAUUCUUGUCUAUAACGGUGAGAUAUUUGGAGGACUUGAACUUGCUAGUGAUUGCAAUGAUGGCGAAUUUCUAAUGCAGACGCUCGGAAAUUGUUGCUCCUGUGGUUCUUGUGUGACUGGUUACUGUGUUGAAUGUGGGAAAAGUUCUAUUACAGAUGUUCUUUCUACGAUUAAGGGACCAUGGGCUAUCGUCUAUUGGCAGGAUAGUUCAAGGACACUUUGGUUUGGACGAGAUGCGUUUGGUAGGAGGAGCCUCCUUGUUCACUGGCCUACAGAAGAGGAUUCAGCUUUUCUUCUUUCUUCUGUAUCACCGGUUUCUCCUGCUCAGGAAGUCUCUGAAAAUGAAGCUCAUAAUGGAAUAGAAUAUAUCAAUUAUUGGGAAGAGCUACCAUGUGGAAUAUAUAGUAUGCACGUGGAUGCUUCAAAUUCAAAUGGAUUUCUAGUUGGCGAAGUCCAGAUACAUGAAUAUACAAACUCAAUAUUAAAGGAGCUUAUCAAGUGGGAGAGAAUUUCUGUCGAACCAAGCUCUGAAAACCUGCACAUAUCUCAUCCUAAGCUUUCGAGGAGGCAACAAGAUGUACAUUCAGCUACUUUAGACUCAGUUUCACGUGAAGCAGGCUCAACUCAAACUGCAAUUCCAAUGCAAGCUCGUAUGCUGCUAAAUGUUUUAAAGGAAUCUGUGAAACGGCGUACGUCACUGUAUACUAUCUAUCAGGAAGUGAUAUCUGGUAUCAGACAAGAGAAAUUUGUUCCUGUUGCAAUUCUUUUUUCUGGUGGGCUGGAUUCUAUGAUACUUGCCGCAUUAUUGGAUCAAUGCUUGGAUCCCAGUUAUGAAAUUGAUCUAUUAACUGUAAGCUUUGAUGGUGAGUUAGCUCCGGAUAGAAAAUCUGCCAAGGCAGGGUUGAAAGAGCUAAAGAGAGUUGCACCUUCCAGAAGGUGGAGGCUCGUAGAGAUUGAUGCUGACUUGUCAGACUUGGUAUUUGAAACUAGCCAUGUUAUGUCACUCAUAAAUCCUGCCAACACCUACAUGGACCUUAACAUUGGAAUAGCUUUAUGGCUCGCUUCUGGUGGUAAUGGAUGGGUGUCUGAUACAGAUGAUAAUGAUGACACUCAUGCACGGAUUAAGUACAAGUCCAAUGCAAGGAUUCUUCUUGUUGGUUCUGGUGCUGAUGAACAGUGUGCUGGUUAUGGGAGACAUAGAACAAGUUUUAGACGAGGAAGUUGGCUGGGGUUAAACGAGGAAAUGAAACUCGAUAUGCAAAGAAUUUGGAAAAGAAAUUUAGGGAGAGAUGAUAGAUGUAUUGCAGAUAACGGAAAGGAGGCUAGAUUCCCAUUCUUGGAUGAGGAUGUUAUAAGGUUGUUACUCGACUUUCCAUUGUGGGAGGUUGCCAACCUUGAUCAACCUAGUGGCACUGGUGAUAAAAAGAUUUUAAGAGAGGUUGCGGAGUUGCUUGGUUUAUAUGAAGCAGCAGUUCUUCCCAAACGAGCAAUCCAGUUUGGUUCUAGAAUUGCGAGGGAAUCAAAUCGGAAGAAUUUUGGAAGUAAUCGAGCAGCAAAUCAGGCAUCUGCAGGGAGUGUAAAGAUUUGUAGGAAAUCCAAUUUUAGUUGAUUCUUUUAUUUUCUCUGGGCAAGUGGGACACAUCUUUUCAGUAUGAAAAUGAAUGUAACUUUAUCUAUCUUUGAUAAAUGAAUUAGUUGGAAUUAGUCGAUAUAUAACGCCCGGUGCUACUACUGAUUUUGUCUGAAGGGAUUUGUUUCUUGUUUAUCUGUUAAGGGGAAUUAAGCCCUGAGAUGUUUCAGAAUUAUUGUCAAUCACUUUUAUCAACGACUAUGAACUCUGCUGACCACUUUUAGCGGAAUCUCCCUUUCUAACCACCUUUUCUUUCACAUGUUUGGCAUUUAAAAUAUUGCUUAAAGGGGCAAAUUCUCACCAAGUUUUUAUUGACGACAAAAAAUUAAAAUAGCGCGAAAGUGUAAAUUUCCCCACGUGUUCUAGAGAGAAGCUAGAGCCUCUGUCUCUAACUUAGCGUGUCCCCUCCACUACCAUCUUUGUUGUGGUCUUGCCUAGGGUUCCUUUACCCCUCUUUCUCACUUCUAGAGAGAAGCUAGAGCCUCUCUCUAACUUAGCGUGUCCUCUCCACUACCAUCUUGGUUAUGGUCUUGCCUAGGAUUUCUUUACCCCUCUUUCUCAUUUCAUCUUGAACGCGUGACUCUAGGGAUUCUAUACCCUCUUUUUCGUUUUUGAUCUUUCCUCCCUGCUUCUUAGUAUCACCGAGAUUGCUCCGUUUUGUAUUGAGGUCAACUUGGAGCCUACAUAUCAAAACAAUUUUCAAUGGGGGAAAGGAAAAUGGAAUGGUGGGAAAAUAUUCCCCUGUUCAAGGAAGAAGGGUUGGAUAAUGGUUAAUGGUGACACCGAGAUAGGCGAUAAGGUCUUUAACAGAACUCUUGUUGGGACUUUUUGGUUUAGAGUUUACGAUUUACCCCUUAAGAUAAGUUCUAAAGCUAUGGCGAAGCAAUAAGGAGGAAUCAUUGGUUCGUACGAAGAAAUUGACCUGAAGGAAUCAAACAGGAUGCGGAAGUUUCUGAGAAUCAAAAUUAAGGUGGACCUUCGCAAGCCUCUGAAACAUGGAUCGAUGGUUAGAUAUCAAGACCGAUGCUUAAAGGUUUUCUUUAAGUACAAAAGGCUACAUACCUUCUGUUUUGUGUGUGAGAGAAUUAGUCAUCAAUUGAAGGAAGGACUAAGAAGAACUAUGAAAAAGGGGAGUGAAAAGCAUUAUUUAAUGGUGAAGACAUACUACAAAUUUGUAUGAACAAUUGAGG